AUGGGCGAAGAAGUGAAGGCAGGGCCAGUGGUUCCAGAAUCAGUGUUGAAGAAGAGAAAGAGAGAGGAGCAAUGGGCUCUUGCCAAAAAGCAAGGCCUUGAAUCUGCAAAGAAGAAGAACUCCGAAAACCGCAAGUUGAUUUACAACCGGGCCAAGCAGUAUGCCAAGGAGUAUGAUGAACAGCAAAAGGAGUUGAUUAGUUUGAAGCGUGAGGCGAAGCUGAAGGGUGGGUUUUAUGUCAACCCAGAGGCCAAGCUGUUGUUCAUUGUCAGGAUUCGUGGAAUCAAUGCCAUUGACCCAAAAACUAAGAAGAUUUUGCAACUUCUGCGUUUGAGACAGAUAUUCAAUGGUGUCUUCUUGAAAGUAAACAAGGCCACAUUGAACAUGUUGCAUAGGGUUGAACCCUAUGUGACUUAUGGGUAUCCUAAUUUGAAGAGUGUCAAAGAACUAAUCUACAAGAGGGGUUAUGGGAAACUUAACAAACAGAGAACCGCUUUGACUGACAAUUCAAUUGUUGAACAGGCUUUGGGUAAGUUUGGAAUUAUCUGCGUGGAGGACCUCAUCCAUGAGAUAUUGACUGUUGGACCUCACUUCAAGGAGGCAAAUAACUUUCUCUGGCCAUUUAAGCUCAAGGCACCCCUGGGUGGUCUAAAGAAGAAGAGAAACCACUAUGUCGAAGGUGGUGAUGCUGGAAACCGUGAAGAUUACAUCAACGAGCUCAUCAGGAGGAUGAAUUAG